AUGUCCCCAUCUACAACACAUGUCUCAUCAGACGUGACACAAGUGACGUCGGCACCUACAAUUGAAGUGGCGUUGCCACCCACAACGAGAGCAAAUCGUCGAGGCUCAUCGCCAGGCAAAACAGAAGUUGCGUCACCAGCAGACUAUCUAAACACAAAACGUGUAGCCUCAUUACCUUUAGAGCAGUUGGUGUCCAAAGCAUCGCCGUCAGCCUCCACACAAAUAUCAUCCCCCAUCCCCAUUGCCUGCUACAACAGGCAUCCUAUUACCAGUCCUGUUGUCAGAUACAACACUCAGCAAGUAACCAGACCUGUUGCCAGAUACAACAUCCGUCAAGGCACCAAACCUGUUGCCAGAUGCAGCACACGCUCUGUCACCAGUCCUGCUGCUGGAUACAGCACACAUCCUGUCACCAGCCUUGCUGCCCGAUACAGCACACGCAGUGUCACCAGUCCCGCUGCCAGAUUCAGCACACACUGUGUCACCAGUCCUGCUGCCGGAUUCAGCACACGCAGUGUCACCAGUCCUGCUGCCAGAUUCAGCACACGCAGUGUCACCAGUCCUGCUGCCCGAUUCAGCACACGCAGUGUCACCAGUCCUGCUGCCCGAUUCAGCACACACUGUGUCACCAGUCCUGCUGCCGGAUUCAGCACACGCAGUGUCACCAGUCCUGCUGCCCGAUACAGCACACGCAGUGUCACCAAUCCUGCUGCCGGAUUCAGCACACACUGUGUCACCAGUCCUGCUGCCGGAUUCAGCACACGCAGUGUCACCAGUCCUGCUGCCAGAUUCAGCACACGCAGUGUCACCAGUCCUGCUGCCCGAUUCAGCACACGCAGUGUCACCAGUCCUGCUGCCCGAUUCAGCACACGCAGUGUCACCAGUCCUGCUGCCGGAUUCAGCACACGCUGUGUCACCAGUCCUGCUGCCGGAUUCAGCACACGCUGUGUCACCAGUCCUGCCGCCGGAUUCAGCACACGCAGUGUCACCAGUCCUGCUGCCCGAUUCAGCUCACGCAGUGUCACCAGUCCUGCUGCCCGAUUCAGCACACGCAGUGUCACCAGUCCUGCUGCCGGAUUCAGCACACGCUGUGUCACCAGUCCUGCUGCCGGAUUCAGCACACGCUGUGUCACCAGUCCUGCUGCCAGAUUCAUCACACGCAGUGUCAGCAGUCCUGCUGCCAGAUUCAACAUGCGUUCUGUCACCAGUCCUGCUGCCAGCUACAACAUGAUUCGCAUUGCAAGAUUCUGA